CUCUUUUCUAACUUCAUAAAACAACUACCUCUCUUUAUAUUCUACUCAAAGGAAUAUCCAAAUAAUGGAUGGAAAAUUUCUCAAGGCAUGUCAAAGAAUCAUACCUUGUGCAUAUUGUGACAAAUGCUGUAAAUGGCCAAUAUGGCCAUUUUUGCAAGAAGAGAAGACUAUCCCAAGUGAUGUUCCAAGGGGUCACUUGGUUGUAUAUGUAGGAAAAUACCAAAAAAGAUUUGUAAUCAAAAUCACUUUGCUCAAUCAUCCACUAUUCAAGGCAUUGCUAGAUCAAGCCCAAGAAAUUUAUGAUUUUACUUGUGAAUCAAAAUUAUGGAUUCCUUGUGAUGAAAACAUCUUUGUCAGUGUCAUAAGAUGUGCCAAAUCUUCGAAAAAUCGACGCAUCUCGAUCUGUUUUUGAUGUUAAAAUCAUAGAGGUUGUGCUUAAAUUUCAUUCAUGAUGUUUGAUCAAUCAACUCAUAGUUUAGAAUGUUGACAACUAUUAAGUUUAUAGAAGCAUGUUGUAGAGAACAUCCAAUUGUUUGUAUAUUCGUUACCUAUAUGAGAAGAUGAAAAGCUUUACUUCUAGA